AUGGCACCACCCACUAAAGAGAUGAGCGCCCCGUCACGCGCCGCGGUCUUGCAGGAGAUCGAAGACAUGGAUGGAAUUCUCGGUGGAGGACCUUUCCCUACUUUUCGAGACAGGGCGACAAGCGACCCCCGCCCGGACGCCCAACAAGGCCGAGCUCGAGGCCCUGAGCGGAAGUUGGCUGCCCCGGCCCUGGCAAUUCGCCAGAGAAGCCGGACGCCCAGUCGUCCGCAAAGGCCCCGUGGCCUUGACGCGCUUGUUGAGGAGCCAUUCCCGCCUAUGCCGAGCCUGCCCUUCCGCCCUUCUAACCCCCCUUUCGCCCAACCAAGCUUCGGUAGUGGCCGCCCCAGCAGGUCACGCACCGGCCCUGUUGACUUCCACCAAAAGGCUCCCCCGAGAGGGUUUGUCCUGCCUCCUGCCGGGCAACCUCCCAGGGAUGUUCGGUUGCCCUCUGGCGGCCAACAUAUGGGCCAACCGGUCUCUUCCCAUCCGGGACCCUCAUUGCCGCCCCCUCCUCCCAUUCCUCCCAAGUCCGCUCAGCGGCAAGUUCACGACAACAGGCGCCCGUCGGCAUCGGAUUCGAGGCCCACAACAUCGUUGAACCAGGCUGUUUUGUCUCGUUCUUCGCCCCCCGCACCCCCUCCCCAGCCCCAAGUUUCCCGGUCAUUCGAGGGACACCAGGCGAGCUCUUCGAGUCGUCCCCCUGUGCAGACACCUCCUUUCGAAGAUGACGUUUUCAAGGGUCAUCUGAACCCGAACAACCCAUAUGGGUAUAAGCAGCCUCCGAGCUUUCCCAGAGAGCAAUGUAUGGGCAUCAAGCCCCAUGGAAGACCGAGUCACCCUUUCCAGGGUCCCCCGACUGGAUCUCGUCCGAGACCGCCACAGCAUCAGCAGCAGCAGCAGCAGCAAAGCAAAGUUGCUUUGCCGUCCCAAUCUUCUUCCUCCGGCGCCUCGGCUAGGGCUGGCCAAGCUGGCCACACUACCGCGCCCGGCUAUUUCAAUCUCUCUUCUCUCCCGCCCCCGAGACUGCAAGCGCAGCCCGGUAACAGCCAUAGUGCCCGGACUGUGUCACCCCCGGCGCCCAACCCCGUCAUCGCCACCACCACCGAGUUCGGAUACCAUCCUAUGAUGAGCCCAUAUGAGGCUGAAGCUGCGAGCGGCAUGGCCAGGGCUCGGGUUGAAAGCCCCAGGAAGAAUUCUGGUAUGCCGGGCGGAGACCACUGGGCCUCUGGCCACAAUAUGCUGUCGCCCGUUGAGGCCGCGGUGGCCUGCGCCGACACCAGGCGCAGAACCAUUUUCAUGGACAUGGGGGUGCAGUACGCCGACGACCACGAGGAGGAUGACGAGUAA